GCAGGAAGUUUGGCGCCACCACGCGUAUACACGCACACUCCCGGGCGAGCUGGCUACACCACAUUACACACCUCCUCCUCGGCGAACAGAUUUCUUAACAGUACGCUCUCACCCGGUCGCAGUAAUGUCACUGCUGCUGCUUCUGCUGCUGCUGCCGUGGUGAUGGUGGUGCUGGUUGGGUUUCAUCCAAGGCAGUGGAGGGUGCUUCUAGUGGCAGCGCGACGCCGGCCACACACCGCCUCGCCCCCCGUACAAGCCGUGCAACCCGCUCGCUCUCAGCCGCGUCGUCACCGAAUGCCGCACGCACGGUUGAAGAGGAGCCCG